CUGUACCUGUCGAGAAGGCGCUGCAUAAGCGGCGGUUGUUGUUGUUAAGCAUCGACGCACGCUAGAGUGCAGCAGAGAGAGAGGAAGAGUGUUGGUGUGUGUGCUGAUAGACUCGGGCCACCCAUCCGCAGUCCAGCGCAGCAGAGGAGCGGAUCGGUCAGCGUGCAGGGGGAUGGCGGGGUUGGAAGAGAAGGACAGCGAGCAGCUGCUGAAGCAGUGUCUCCACGCGGCGGUAGAGGUGGCGUUGGAGGCCGGUCAGAUAAUCAGGGAAGCAUUAAGGAUUGAAAAGCGAGUGCAAACAAAAUCCUCAGCAGCAGACCUUGUUACAGAAACAGAUCAGCUUGUUGAAAACCUUAUCAUCUCUACUUUAAGCAAAAAGUUUCCUUCACACAGGUUCAUUGCAGAAGAAUCGGUUGCAGCAGGUGAGAAGUGCAUUCUGACUGAUGAUCCCACCUGGAUAAUAGACCCCAUCGAUGGAACAUGCAACUUUGUGCAUGGAGCUCCAGUGGUAGCCGUUUCUAUUGGAUUAUCUAUCAACAAAGAGCUUGAGCUGGGUGUAAUCUAUAACUGUGUCGAAGAGAAGUUAUACACGGGCAGAAAAGGUCACGGAGCCUUCUGUAAUGGACAGACACUGCAAGCAUCAAAGCAGACAGAUAUAUCAAAAGCCCUGAUUUUAACUGAGCUUGGCUCGAUCCGGGAACCAAGGGCACUGAGGAUGUUAUUUAAUAACAUGGAGAGGCUACUUUCAGUGCAGGCACAUGGGAUCAGAAUCAUAGGAAGUGCUGCUCUCGAUCUGUGCCACGUGGCAUCGGGAGACGUGGAAGCGUUCUACCAGUUUGGGCUCCACUGCUGGGACAUGGCGGCUGCAGCUGUCAUUGUCCGGGAGGCCGGUGGCAUCCUGAUCGACACAACAGGUGGGCCCUUGGACCUCAUGUCCCGCAGGGUGGUGGCAGCCGGCACUUCACAGCUAGCACAACAAAUUGCCCAGGAGCUAGAGCCCGUCGCUUACGAAAGGGAUGACAGCACAGAAGAAGCAAGUGACUCUCAGUCCAAAUAAAGACAUUCAGCAGCUAAGCCACAGCAGACAACAUGCGGGUGCCAGACUGCUGCCUCGUGGAAACUGUGGAUCGGCCAACCGAUUGGUCAACUCUCACUGAGGGCUUCAACAAUAUGCAACUUCUAUAAUGAGUGUUGAACUAAUUUAGUUGCCAUUUAAUGGGGAAUUUGUCUUUGGUUAAUAGCAUCUGGUCAGGUGGAGGCCCUCAGUCCUACUCAUUCAGCUCCAUCUACUUCUGCUGAACUAAUUAUUGUGCACAUUUCUAAUGCUGAGGACUGAGGACAAAUUUCUUCCCCAGAGACGGUGGUUGGGUUGAUGAGGUGGGGGCCGGGUACAGGGAGGAUGAGACCGAAAGGACUGGGCAGUUCACUGGUGAAAUAAAAAAAAUCAAACUGGGCAUAGAGCCAGUGACUUGCCUGAUCAGCCAAGUUCGAGCCAAUAUUUCGACAACUUGUGUUCAAAUUGUCCCUGAUGCAGCCAUUCAAGAGUUGGCAGGCUAGAGUCGACAGGGUAAGUUUACAGGAGUGAAACUGGUGUUCUAAGAACCUAUAAAUAUUGAGUAUCUUCAUAUUCUCACACACACUAGGUGGCAUUUCAGACCAUCAAGUCUGUGCUGGCUCUCUGAGCACUCCCAUCAAUCUGACUUUCUAUUAUUUCCCUGCUACUUGGGCUCUCGUCUGUAUGUCAGCUCCCCAGAGUCUCCUCUGAGCCAUCUACAGUAGAAGCGAUUUACACUUGGUGUUUAACCCUAACAACCUGCACAUCGUUAGCACAUGCCAAUCUUUAAGAAAGGUCUCAGCCCAGAACGUCCCUCCGCAGAUAAUGCCUGACCUGCUGAGUUCCUCCAGCAUUGUGUGUGUGUUGCUCAAGAUCAGCAGAUCGCUGAAUCUCUUGUCUCAUCACUAGUGUGCAGGAAGAAACCCGAGCACCCAGGGGAAACUCCACACACACAGCAGGCUCAAGCCCAAUUCACUGGAGCUGGGUUUUAUCUUGAAACAAAUAAAAGCCCUGGAAGAGCUCAGUGGGUCAGACAGCAUCCAUGGAGAGAGAAACAGAAUAUAACAAUUCACAUCAACGAUCCUUCUUAGGGACCUGGUCGUCUCUGUUGAUGCUGCUGGACUUUUCUCAAGGCUUCCAGCAUUUUCUGUUUCUGUUUUAGAUUCUCGUCAUUCGGCUUGAAUCAUUUUUAGAGACCGAUUUCCAGAUCAGGUCCCGCUUUUAUCCAAGAUUUAGCCAUUUGCAAAUUGUAAAGAAAAUGUGCCCUGCUGCUUAUUUUGUUCUUUGUGGUCAGCCGUUGCCCUACAGGUCACAUCAGGCUUAAAAGUAAUGGGAGAGCAAAACAAGCAUCAGCCAGCCAUCAGCACUUAGACAGUAAGGGUAGGGUAUUCUUAUUCAGGGUCCUCAGAUUAGGAAAAUGUCUUGCAAAAUAGGCUUUGAAGGUUCACUUGUCAAUGAAUCACCUGGAGGUAUUGGGACUCGCAUUCCAAAAGCGCAGUCUUAAAGGAGGGAAGAGAGUCCAAAAAGAAUUCCCAAGUUUUAUGUAUCGAGUAGCAUGGUUGCCAAAGGUCUGAGAAUUACAUUUUGUUAAUGGCGAAGAGGCCAAGAGCAGUGGAAGUUAGUGAAGAAGAUGAAUGAUGGUGAGGUUAGUGGAUGGUAAUGGUUGAGCAGGAUCUAAACUCAUCUGUUGUUGUUAAAGAUAAUGCCUCUAGCCUCUUGGAAUUUGUUCACUCAUCAACCCGGGCCCCUUAUCUUCAAGAGCCAAAACGUUUGAAUGGAUCUAACCCAUUUUCUCUCCUGAGUUUCAUUAUCGUCACUUGAGGGGUUUUGGCUGCAAGGUCUCACAGUCAAAAAAAAAUACGGAUAACUUUACAAUUUAAUCAUAAUUUUAAAAGAGAUCUUAUUUCAGGGUUUUACUAGGUCUACAGAAAAUGUGACAAAACAAUAGAAAUAAAUUCUGACUGAAUUGUUCAUGAAUAAACAGAUCUGUUUUUGUAUCAGU